AUGCCUAAAGCUUCGAAAUGUCGUGUUCGCGAGUGUUAUAGUGAACAAAAUGUUCGUUCGUUUGCAUUUCCCAAAAAUCGGGAAUUAUUAAAUUUGUGGAAGGAGAAUUUGAGGAGCUCACCCUCAAUGCAAAUGCCAAUGCAUAAUUCAUUUGUAUGCAUUAAGCAUUUUGAGGAGGAUGCCGUGGGACCAAAAUAUCUCAAGAAUGGAGCGGUUCCAACUUUAAACUUGGGCUAUGAUGAUGUUCCACCGAACAAGUGGACCGAAAAAAAGAAAAAAAGGAGCUGCUGUAUCGUGAGCUGCGUGCCUAAGGAUAAAGUUAUACUUUUUGCGUUUCCUAGGGACGAAGAGACCCGUAAGAAUUGGGCCUUGGCUUGCAACGUGCAAGUGUCAAGCACUGACAGGGUUUUUCUUUGCCAACGCCAUUUUGAACCCACAUUGGUUGCAAAAUAUAAACUCUUGAAAGGGGCUUUUCCUUGCUUCAAUUUAGAGCCAGUAAAUAGAAGUCGCUCGCCUAGUGCUGGCUCUGAUUGGGUUUGCCCGCCCGUCACUGCAACUUAUAGUAAGGUAGUUAAGGAAGUAGAAGAAGAUUUAACUCUGGAAGAGUUUGAGAAAUAUUCGAUAUUAGAGGAAAACAGGCAGGCUAGUUAUAGUAAUCAGGUCUGCGUGGACUUAGAAACCACAAUCACUCGCGAACGAUGUGUAUGA